CCGCGGAGGAGGCGCCGGCGCCGGCACACGCUCGGGCCAGCCGCGCGCGCAUCCCCGGGCGCCCUGCGCGGCGGAGAGCUCGGCUCGCCGCGGGAGCCCAGGACAGGAGUGGACAAAGCAAGAUGGCAGGGAUCUUAGCCUGGUUCUGGAACGAGAGGUUUUGGCUCCCCCACAAUGUCACCUGGGCGGACCUGAAGAACACGGAGGAAGCCACCUUCCCGCAGGCUGAGGACCUCUAUCUCGCCUUUCCCCUGGCCUUCUGCAUCUUCAUGGUACGGCUCAUCUUCGAGAGAUUUGUAGCCAAACCAUGUGCCAUAGCCCUCAAUAUUCAGGCCAAUGGACCACAGAUUGCUCAGCCAAAUGCCAUUCUGGAAAAGGUCUUCACUGCAAUUACAAAGCAUCCUGAUGAAAAGAGGCUGGAAGGCCUCUCCAAGCAGUUGGACUGGGAUGUUCGCAGCAUACAACGCUGGUUUCGACAGAGACGCAACCAGGAGAAGCCAAGCACGCUGACGAGGUUCUGCGAGAGCAUGUGGAGAUUUUCAUUUUACCUUUAUGUAUUCACCUAUGGAGUCCGGUUCCUGAAAAAGACCCCCUGGUUGUGGAACACAAGGCACUGCUGGUACAACUAUCCCUACCAGCCACUCACAACUGACCUUCACUACUAUUAUAUCCUGGAGCUGUCGUUUUAUUGGUCUUUAAUGUUUUCCCAGUUCACUGAUAUCAAAAGAAAGGACUUUGGCAUUAUGUUCCUGCAUCACCUUGUAACUAUUUGCUUGAUUACCUUUUCAUAUGUCAACAAUAUGGCCCGAGUAGGGACCCUGGUCCUCUGUCUUCACGAUUCAGCUGAUGCUCUUUUAGAGGCUGCCAAAAUGGCAAAUUAUGCCAAGUUUCAGAAAAUUUGUGAUCUCCUGUUUGUUAUGUUUGCCAUGGUUUUCAUCACCACACGAUUGGGUAUAUUUCCUCUCUGGGUGUUAAAUACCACAUUAUUUGAAAGUUGGGAGAUCGUUGGACCUUACCCUUCCUGGUGGGUUUUUAACCUACUGCUGUUGCUAAUACAAGGCUUGAACUGCUUCUGGUCUUACUUGAUUGUAAAAAUAGCUUGCAAAGCUAUUUCAAAAGGCAAGGCUGGGAAGUGGAACCCUUUACAUGUGUCCAAGGAUGAUCGAAGUGAUAUUGAGUCUAGCUCAGAUGAGGAAGACUCGGAACCUCCAGGAAAGAACCUCCACACUGCGACCACCACUAAUGGGACCAGUGGUACCAACGGGUAUCUCCUGACCGGCCCUUGCUCCGCGGAUGAUUAAUUCCUCAAAACUAGAAGUCCCGAACAAAGUGAACUGUUUGUUCCUGGAAGUAUUUAAUGAGUUGCAAAUGCAGUUCCUUUCAUAAUAUCUCAGCACCAGAAACAAAAAUUAGGAUUGUCAAAGCAUUUUGAAUAGCGCACUGCCAUAUGUUCUGUCUGUGAAUGAAGAAUUACCAUUCUCUAUAUGUAGGCAUGCUGUAUGUAAUUGACACAAGGGAACAGUAUUUGCAUUUGUACUGUCUUAGAAUAUUAUUUAUUUUUUGUAUUUGUUUGUAAAUCUGUGGACAAAAGAGGGUUUCCUCACUCCUUUUACUCUCUGGGUACAUAACAGUGAGGGAGAUGCUCUAUCUGCUUCUACUCUUUCCUAUUGCUGUAACUCAGUCUGCUAGGAGCAUCAGCUUAAUUGGUCUCUUAGAGCAAUCAAAACCCAGCGCAAGAUUCUGAUGCAGCUCCCAAUGGGUUUGCUUUCUUUGUGUUAGUGCCCAUUAUGAAAUGGCCUAUACAGUCUCAGUCACCAUUCUCCCAGUAUAAAGUUUAAACAAGAUGAGCUAAGUUUUUUAGUUGUCACUCUUCAUGGUCAAUUAGCAGUUCACAUUAAAGAGUAUGGUUAUUGGAGGGCUUUUUAAAAACUGUUUUGUAUUCAGUUGCUUUGGAAUAGACUUCAUUUCUUGUGUACACAGCCAAGAUUUCUUCAAUGGGUGUGGUAGCUAGUUGGGAAUUAACCUUGUGGGUUACAGAGAUUUUUUUAUUCUCAAUUAUGAGGUCAGUGCUCUGGCUCUGAGGAAUACAUUUGCUUAAGGUCAUAGUUAUAAGCAAAAAAAAAAAAAUCACUCUUAAUAUUGGGAUUUUGCCCUGUGAUCUGAGAAAAUCAUAAAGAGAUCAGCUGAUUUCAACCAGAUUUUACCACUACCCCUGUAAUUAGCACAGUCUUCUAUCAUGUCUUGAAGAAAAGAAGCUAAGUAUAUUUUGGGACAGAAAAAAGAGACUUUCAAGAGUUGGCAAAGGUCACCUCUAGUGCAAAGCACUUUAUUGGAACCAGCUUUCAAGAAAGUGCCCUAUCUAGUAUUUGCUAUUGAUGUUUUUCUUUCUCUGAACAAAAUAAAGCCACUGGGAGAAAAACUAUUUUACCCUUUGCCUUUUCCCAGAAUGACUUUCCUGUUACUAGAAUCUCUCUACAGUCUCUCAGUGUUGCACUCUAAGUGCGUUUGUUUGCUUCUUUAAAGACUUGUUCAGUUUCCAGGAAUUUUUAUUCAAACAAAGCUAUUUCCAGAAAAACAAUAAAAAUUCUACUGGACAAUGGAAAUAUCAGCAAUGAUAAAGAUGACUGGAAAAUAAGUUUCCAUAGUCUCCUCCAUGGCAGUGUUAUGUAUGUGUAGAUAAGAAAAACAUACACACAAACCAAAGAUUUUAUCUCUUUUCUUCCAACUUUUAGUAAGAAGGAAUAAAAUGGUAUUAUAAAUAUUUCAUAAAUCAAAAAGACCAUCAUCUAAAACAAGAGUCCAAAACCACAAUGCAGAAAUAUAAAUGUGUGAAUCAGGUCAUCCUGAAGACAACAGUAAAAUACUAGAGAAUGCAUGUGGUGCUCUGAGCCAUUCACAUUCAAUUUGAUUUUUUGAAAAAAUUAAAAGCUUUGUGCCCACAAUUUACAACCUGUGAGUUAAUAGUUUAAAAAAAUGCUCCCAAACAAAAACCUCACACUGUAAUAUUAAAUCUUUCCCCACCUAUUUACAAAAUGGUAUGUUUCUGGUAUGGUGCCUAGUAAUAGUUGAAGAGGUUUGGAAGUAUGUCUGCUUGUUUAUUGAGAAAACAGUGCAACUAAUUCUUCUUUUAAAGCUUUAUGAUUUCAUUCACAAAUCAUGGAUAUGUCUAGAAGUGUAAUUUGUGUAUGGUUUGAAUUUGUAAGACCAAUCAUAAAACAUCGAAAGUACUUGUUAGUCAUCUGAACAUCUGCUAAAAUGCAGAUAUAUAAAAAGCAACGGCCAGCAUGUUAUAGCUAAAAAAUUUUGAGAAGGUAAAAGUUUCUUUUCUUUUCAACUAAAAUAUGGAACAGAAGAGUGAAGUAUACCUUGCUUUGGCGUCUGGAGCAAGUCCUCUCGAUGGGUGAAAUAAACCAGAGAACCACAUGUGUUCAAAUUUGGAUCAUCUGACACUCUUUAAAACAGAAGAAUAAUUUCAAAAAAUCAACUUGUAAAUGAAAAAUUUAGAAGCGUUUAGAAGAGUUGCAUAAAAUGAAGUAAAUUGAGUCUGUCCUUAGCAAAGACAAAUCUAAAUAAUCUUUUGUUUUGCCCAAAAAUCGCUCAGAAAGAGGACUGGGAAUACUCAGAGCCUCUCUGACCGAUGCCAUUAACUUAACACAACCUUCUAUGUAUCAAUUUUUAUUUCAUUUUUCAUUUUAAAGCAAAGAGUUCCUUUUGACUAAUCAAAAUGGUGUUUGUAGGCCUUUUAAGGGGAAGAAUAGUAUCUUUCUGUCUACUGCUUUCCCAUGGUGGCCUGAUAAGCCUAAGGGAGAAAAAUAUGUGAAAUCUCUUAUCUUCUACCUGUCCCAGGCCACAGCUUUGGAAGUGUGUUUUGUAAAUUCAACUGUAGGUUAGUGAAAGUGUUGUUUCCCAUUAAUUAACUUAGCCUCCAUUGAUAUCUCCUUCCUCCUGUCACAUUCAACCUUCCCAGGGUAUAAAGGAGUAUGUAGGAAGGGAUCUAGAAAAAGUAAUAUUUUAUUCUCUAAUGUUAUAAAAACAUUGUUCUCUAAUGCUUUUCUAGAUCUCUUAAUGGGGAAAAAGUAGAAAAUCGAGUAGAAUUUGGCCUUGGGUCAAAAAAUGAUAUAAAAAUGUGUGAUCUAUGUAUGUACAUGUAUGUUCCUCCAAAAACGUGAUAAAACCAAAAUAUCACUGACUCAUCCUUAUCCAUCUUCUUUUCGUAGAAACCAUCCACCAUGUACAAUAGAAACUUCUGCCUCCCUCUCAACUUCCUGUUCAUGCUUCCCACAUGCAGAGAGGGGUAGAAUCCUUUCAGCCUCUCAGCCUCAGAACUAAAUAUGGCGGAGUUCAGAUUAUAGAGGGCCUGUCAGCAUAUAAGCCAAAUGCAGUUUUCAUUUCCAAAUUUAGUCAUAUGAAUGUUGAGAAUAGGGGAGCAACUAUCAGCAUUUUGGAUUAUUAAACUAUAUGUUGGAAAAAAUGCAUAUGAUUGCUGCUUCACAUAGGAUUUUGUUAACACCCAACUCCUGCUAGGCUACUAGACAGAUGAUGUCCUGAGGUACCAUCAGGUAAUGGAACAGGCACCUGACAAAGAUGAACGAGGAAGGAAAGUAGGCUCUCCAAAGAAAGCAAGCAGUUGGGUGAGAGAAAUAACUCUGCAGUGAGAUAAGAUCAGAUCACCUUUAGUCAAAAUGGUGGGUGAGCCUCAAAGUGUCCAGUUCUGUUGCCAAACUUUCCAUUCUGAGUAUUUGAUAGAGUUUGAAUUUGAGCAAACUGAUGCUUUCACCUUAGGUAGAAAGGGUCUGAAUCAUCCACUGUGUAUUUCAACCUCAUUGUUAUUUGGGCCAAAGUGAAAAAUGAGAUUUCAUUUCAGCUUAGCUGAGUCUUUGCAAAAAAGCUCUUUUGAGAGAACUUUGUGGACAUCCAUGAUUGUUCCCAAUCUGUUCAUGAUUUUGCAUUAUAGUUAUUUUUGUCCCUCUCUUAGAAAUAUUAAUGCCAAAGUUGCCUGAAUAUUUGAGUAUUUUUUCUUAAUUUGAAGUAUAAAAAGUGUAUGGAAUAAUUCCAAAGGUGUUAAAAGAGUCUCUUUAUCAGUAUGUGUUGAUACCAUUAUGUCCAGAGAGGCUUCAAGAAAUCCUUUGGAAAUAAAAGGUUAGAUGUUUACAUUUCAUGUGAUAUUUGAGGUCUUAAGAUUCUAAUUAGCUUACAUUUUUUUCUUUGUUUUUUGGCUGAUUUCUGCUUGUAGAUAAAUAUUAGUAGCCCUGAAAUGUUUCUAACAUUCAAAGAAGAAAAAAAUCAAAUCAGAUCCAAGUCAGUCUGAUGAGAAAUUGAUGACAAGGCACUUUCAGUUUCUAAGUAACUUGUAUGGAAAGAGAAAGUGCUGUUAGCUCUGGUGAUUGUACUUGCUGUCUAGCAUGCUGUCUGUGGAAGGAAUACUCUCAGUAAUCAUAAAUAGUUCUUGAAGUCAUGCAAAAUGCAGCAAGAUUUUUUUUUAAAUGAAGAUAUUGUUGUCCCCAGAGUCAGUAAAAUGAAAUUGUGCCAUUCUCAAAUUACCAGACAGUAAGUAGCACUGGUUCAUGCAGCCACAUUUUAGUUCUUCAUAGCAAUAGGCCAGAAAAGGGCCCUGUGGUUUGCGUUUGGUGUACGGUCCCCUCCCCUCCCCUCCCCUAGGGGGCGCUCAGUGGAUGCUGAGGAGACCUAUCCACUCUGCUGUUGGAACUCCUCUAAUACAUAUUCAGAGGGAGCAUACCAGAUGCUGGUUUUCAUGGAGAAAAUUGUAUUAGAGAACAUAAAACAUCAUAAGUAACUGUGAAUAAGAUCUACAGACACCCAAAGAAGAACCUUAGUCUUUUCCAGGCAUUUCCAACUUGAAUUCAACCUGAAGCCUUUGGAAGGAAGGCAUUACCGAAUGGCCACAAGCUAGGACCCCAUCGGAUCAAAGAAAUAAAAGUCUCUUUAGCCAGAUGGCAUAUCAUAUGGUGUCUGCACAAGACUAGGCAUCCUCAAGAUUGCCCAGGAAGGAUGAGAGGGGACUGUUAGCCUACAGUCUGUCUUGUUUAUCUCAUUCACUCACAUUCCUUUCAGCCUACUGGAAGUCUUGAUAAAAGGAAUCCAGAAUAUUGUCAUUUCUCUGCUAUUGAUAUCCCGAUAGCCUUUGGAUCAGUUGCAUGCCACACUUUCUUCUCUGCCUGAUUAUAUUUUUCUCAAUAAGUAUUGUGCCCAUGUGAACCUGUUUUCCCUAAAACAGGUCCAUAAAGCUUGGCUUCCUAUUCUGGUAUGUAUUAUGUGGCCUGGAAACUAGGGAACAACAGCUGUUGGUAUGAUUCCUAUGUUAAGUGAAAAGUUAGAUUUUAUAGAGAUAAAUUGUUUUUUUGGACCUACAGUAAUUUUUUCAACUGUCAUCUUAAAACUGCCCUUAAAACAUUAGGGAUUUUUAAAGAUUAGUUGCCAAAGAGAAAUGAGCUCUGUAAUAGGAACAGUUAUGUGGCAAUUCUGGAAUUUUAACUUAGAGUUUCAUUAAUUUAAACAUGGAAAACACCCUUCAAGUUUGAUUUCCAAAAGUUUCAUAAAGCCUCUAAGCUCAUGAUUUCAUCAGCUCUCUGUUUGCCUGUGUAAUCAGUUACCUCCAUAGCCAUUUGUUGUCGUGCAAGGGGGAGGUGGUUAGUUUCAGGAUUUGAUUUUUUUCAACUUGCAGUGAGAAUUAGGAUAGGUGACAAAACCUUACUUGUUUUCUUCAGACAAUUCAGUGCUUGAGCAUCUCUGUCAGAAACGGAAUGAUGUACUGUUAGCCACUUAGAAUUAUUUUAUGUAUUGUUAUUGUGUUUUGCUGAUUUUUAUAUGAAAAUAUAAUGAUUCAUUCUUGAUCUCUGGAAGCAAUCAUUAUUAUGAGGAUCAUUUUACGUUGGAAACACUUUCAUAAUAAAGAUAAGUAUUAAGAGUA